AUGGCAUCGAAGAAGCAGCAAAAGCUAGCUGCGUCUGGGAAGAAAUCAGCUGAGAAGACUAAAGCUGUUGUGACAGAGGAAUCUACCAAGCAAGUGCCCGAGGAUCUUCUCAAGGCUAUUGUCUCAUUUCUCAACGGUCACGGUUAUGACUCCUCCAGCAAUGCUUUGAUCAAGGAAGAAAAACAACGGAGCGGGAAGGUUAUUUCGGGUUCAAGCAAGGAUGCCGAGCCAUCGUUAGUGACCAUGUACGAAGCAUGGAAGUCUUCCUCUAUCUCAGCGAAAGAGGAUGAGAGUGAAGAGUCCUCUUCAUCAAGCGCGGACGAUGUUGAGUCCAGCUCCGAAUCUGAGUCUGAGUCUGACUCGGACUCAGACGUCUCAAUGGACGAUGCGCCCGCGCCGAAGAAGAAGAGCAAGAGUCCUUCGCCAUCUUCCUCAUCCUCUUCAUCAUCAUCAUCAUCUUCUUCUUCUUCUUCCGAGUCGGACAGCGAUGCGGAUGACGAAUCUGGACCAGAAAGCUCACCACCUAAACCGGCAGGCACGAAGCGCAAAGCCGAAGAUUCAGCUGAAGAUAGCCAAGCAUCUUCGAAGAAGGCCAAGAAGGCCAAGAAGGUAGAUGUUUCCGAAAGCUCAUCAGAAGAGUCCGAAUCAUCGGAGGAGUCCUCAAGCGACAGCUCACCCGAGGACUCAUCUGAGGACAGCUCCUCUAGCGACUCUGAAUCGAAAUCCGACUCUGCCGAUUCCGAUUCUGAAUCAGAGACCGAACGUAAGACAUUGAAAGAGGCUGCGAAGAAACCAUUGCCUGAAUCCGACGGAAGUAGCUCAUCCGAAUCGAGUGAUUCCGAAGACUCGUCCUCAUCUGAGUCCGAUUCCGAGCCUUCUGAGGAUGAUUCCAAAAAGGCGGCAACGACCAAUGAUAUGAGCGAUUCCACAGACACAAUAGCCUCCACAAGUACAAAGUCGGGCCAGACCAAAUCUCAGAAGAAGGAGGCCGACAUAUCCUUCAAUUCUGUCCCUCUUCCCCCCGACCCUCUGCCUAAAAAGAAGCAUACCGGAGCUCGUCCCACACGACUGGCUGCAGCCAGUGCUCUUCCUCAUAACCAUCCAUCAAACGACUAUGUGGCUUACGCUUACGCCGAACGUGCCUACAAAGACUUAUCAGUCACCCGUGGCAAGGGCUUCACCAAAGAGAAGAAUAAAAAGAAGCGCGGUUCAUAUCGCGGGGGUCCGAUAGAUAUUGGUCCAUCCAAAUUCAGCUUCAAAUUCGAAGAUUAA